UGGGCUCUCCAGCUUCUUACUGGUAAGUCUUGCGCCAACCUGUCGCACUCCCCGAACUUCCCCAGUCUUCACCAGCAUGCCAGCCCAAAAGAAUGCAAAAGAGCCCAAAGCGCCACGUUGCGAUUCACUUGACGUGGGCAUCUUUCGCUUUUACCGGAUCAUAAAACCCGUCACCUUCCUCCCUCUUUCUGUAACGCAUCCCGUCCCGCUAACCCACCAUCCUCUUUUCUUCUUCUCAUCAUAGGCGUCCUUCCUGACCCCUACCUCUCCCUCGCCCGUCAGAACCUCCUCUCGCCCGACUCCGCCAUCCAAUCUCUUAAGCGGCACAUAAUGUCAACAAUCGAAGCCUUCAUCUCCACUCUCAUCCCGAUCAUGCAGCCGCUUGUCGAGCGGCUAACGGCAUACAUCUACGCCUCCCCCGACGUUGUCAUUCUCGCCGGCGUGCUGUUGCUGCUGGUCAUGGUGCUGCAGGUUCUGAGCUGGAUGCGACGGGUGCUCAUGUUUUUCACCAGGCUUGCGUUCACGCUGGUGUUCUGGGCGGGCGUGGCGGCGGUCGCGAGCUGGGUGUACAGGCGCGGAGUGGAGCAGAGCGCGAGGGAUGCGACGUUCUGGCUGGGCAGGGCGAGCGGGUAUGGACUGGGCAUUUGGAAUUUCUUCAUGACCGAGUGGCAGAGGUACGAGGCGCAGGAUAAGGCAAGGGGUCAUGCUAAGUAUGAUCGUGCUUAACGAGGAGAAGCGGGAGAUAUGUUGUUGGAUAGCAAGGAAGAGGCAAGGGUGGAUAAGGGGAGGGCGUCAGGGUGAAGCGCAAAGGGCAGGCAGCGAUGGAAGAUCAAACUGAUGGUGGAGAUAUCUUGGAUGAUGACUAUGAAGACGAUGAUCACUCUUGAAAAGGAGAAAUUGGGAAUCGAUGCUUCGCGGUGGAGAGUACGGGGUGGAUUUUUUUAUUUUUUUUUGGCUUUACGGACUAAAUUACGAUGAUACGACGAUAAAAGUUGGAGGGUGGCUGGCUGUUGGAAUACCGCAUAUCCCAUGGCGUUACGGCGUUUCCUGUCAGGCAAUGUUCGAGAUCUGCGACCUUGGAGGUGCGAAGGAUUGAGGGCAUGAAUGUUACAGGCGGUGACCUUGCGUUGGGAAUACUGUUUUAAGGGCUUUUGGUAGUCAAGUGGGAAAAGAACAUAUAGAUC